UGAAUGACCAAGCAUACAACUGAAAAGCUGCGUUGCCGGAUAAUAAAAUAAAGACACUUUCCUAUAUUUUAGUGGGACGGGUUUCACUCGAGUUUUUUUUAUUUCUUUGAUUCUCUUUAUUCAUUCUGAUCAUUCAACAAUCGCACAUGGGAGUUCAACGACGUACCAUGCACAGAGCAACCGACGACGACGACAGUACUACCGGACUGUUAGCCAAGCCAAGUCAACCACCACAACAUAAAUCGAAAACAUUGACUUGGAACGAAAUCCCAAAAUGGAUGCAAGAUAAUCAGUAUAUUACGACGGGCUAUCGGUAUCCAACAGGAAGCUAUACCGGAUGCAUCAAAACCCUCUUCUUCUUACAUAAUGAAAGUGUUAAUAUCUGGAGUCAUCUCAUCGGGUUCCUCGUGUUUGUUUGGUUGGGUGUCGAUUUUCUGUACAACCAACCUUUCUCAGACAGUCUGACCACUUUUGACAUUGCCUAUUUCCUCAUUUUCAUUGGUGGCGCGCUCUGUUGCCUAGGCUUCAGUAGCAGUUUUCACUGUUUCUCCUGUCACUCGGAACCAGUCGCCAUCACAUGGAAUCGAUGCGAUUACGCAGGUAUCACCACCCUCAUUGUAGGUUCCUACUUUCCUGUCGUUUAUUAUGGUUUCCACUGUCAUCAUGCACUCCAAACAAUAUACCUGUCCAUUGUAGCUGUUCUUGGAAGUUGUACGGCGGCCGUGACGCUGUUAAAACAUUUUAGAACACCUGCGUACCGCUGGGUUCGAACGUCGCUGUUUUUGGCGUUGGGAUGCUUUGGUGUGGUGCCAACUUUGCAUGGCAUUUAUUUAUACGGCUUGCGUAAUUCCUUCGAAACCAUCUCACUGUCGCAUAUGGCAAUGAUGGGUUUGAGUUACAUUAGUGGUGCCUUAAUUUAUGGAUGCAGAGUGCCUGAACGAUUCCGACCGGGGUUAUUUGAUAUUUGGGGCGCGUCGCACCAAAUCUUCCACUUGGCGGUCGUGGCGGCGCUGUGGGCUCACUACACCGGUGUAUUGAAAGCCAUGGCUUUUUGGCACGAUAAGAAUAAUAACAUGUGUGCGACCUUUCUUCCAUAAGCUUAUUUCGUCAUCUCAAAAUAGAAGUUCUAUCCAACCUCAUUACCCUAACUAUCCUCUUACCAUUAAAAAUGCCUUUCAUGCUCAGAUCUCCGUUCCUGGAAUAUACCGUUG